CCGUUGUGAGGCGCCACCCAAAUGGUACUCUCUCCUACGACCGUAAAGCAGGCGCAAACGCUAGCCGACGGGGAUGAAAGUGGGGAAAUGAGGGCCGCAGCGCCUUCGCAUGGGCGCAUGGGCACCUCCUCUACGGCGUCUCCACGGACGCGACCACAGUUCCCAGGUGCUCUGAAGACGUCGCCUGUCAGUCGCGCCAGUUACACGAUCGUUCGGAGACCUCCAACGACGCAUGAUGAAGUCCGCGCGAUGGAGCCGACGGAGGAGCGCUCAAACUCCGGCGACCACAAGCCCCGUGCGAGCUACGGCUCCUCCACGACCGGUCAUCCUGCUGACGGGAGAGGUACAGCUUUCCUGACACUUCGUGGACGGCCGCGCAGCGUGAGAGGGCGCCUAAUCAGGCCGGCUCACUCCGUACCAGAGCGACGCGACCACAAGCCAGGGGAGCAAGAUUACGAAGAAGAAGACUGGGAUUUAGAAUGCCCUUUGUCGAAUGGCUCUACCGCGGCUGGUGGAAACGACCAUAAAAUCGCCACAAAGAAGGAACCGAAGCGAGUACAUUGGGAAGAAGGCGACCGACUGACGACUGUGUUUCCAGUGCCGAGGCGAAGCAACCACAGGAAAAUGGUGUCCGAGAAGUGUCAGAAAGCGGGCGACUGGAAUCAAGGAUGGCCAUCGCCGCAUUAUUCUACAAGAAAAAGGCAGAACGACGAAGUCACCGUUUUUACAGAGGAGCAGGAAAAGCAGGAGGAACAGAGUAACCUGUACAAUAGCGAGAGUCCAGUAUUAGAGGAAAGAGAGGACGGGACCAUGGCGCCGUGUUACGAGGAAGAAGACUGGGAGCCAGAAUGCAGACAGGUGACUGAGUCUACAGCGGUGACGCAAAACGACCAAUCGACUGCGAGCGCUGAGGAGGUGCGGCAUGAAGAGAGGCAAGGUGAACAGGAGGCCCCGUUAACCAUUGAGUUUCCAGCGGCGAAGCAAUGUGACCGCGAGACAAUGGCGAUCCAGGGCGACUGGAGACCAGAAUGCGCAUCGUCGCCUGAACGUUCAGCGGUGGCUGAAAAGGAAUUGGAGACCGUUCUAACGGAGGAGCAGCAACAAAACCAGAGUUUCGAACAGCAAGCCCCCUCGAAGUCCUUUUCCGCAACGGCGACGCAAACCCUGCAAGAAACGAGCGGGUCGGACGAAGAGGAUGGUUACUGGGACGACGACGAAGACGACUUGUCGGCGGACGAGCCCACGGUGAUAAUUCGUAUCGAGCCGAGACCGGAGGAGGAGCAGACGACAAGAGAGAGUUUAGAACAGCGAGCCCCAGUGGCGACCACCUCAAUAGCGUCCACGCAGUUGGACCCCAUGGCAAUGCCGGCGGGAGCGUACGAGUAUUCCAGACAAGAAUGGCUGUCGUCGACCGAGCCGGCAACCUUAACGGGAAGCGACGACCCUGGGACCUCACUUGCACACAUCGAUGGAAGAGGGCAGUAUUGGGGAGAACAGGGCUUCGUGGCCGAAUCGCCAGCUGCGAAGCAAGGAGUCCCAGACGCCGUGGCGGCGGUGGAGCAGUACAGGGACGAGUACUCGGAAGCAGGCGCUACUGCUUCUACUGUGCAGAUGUUACCUGUCCUGUCUUACCUGUGCAUUCCCGUGGUGACGUACCAGCCGUGUACUGUUCAAGUGCCGUCGGCGACCGAGUUCCCGCCGGAUUCGCUACCUUACGACGGGUCGACGGGGACGCAGGAGCAGCCGAAAGAGGACCACUGGGAAGAAGGCCCGUCGACGACGUACUUUUCGUCGGCAUCGGACGGCUGCAACAGCGUCACGACGAACGAGGAGGACUGGUGGAAAGAAGAGAGCUUAGAACAACUUGGUCAGUGGACGACGGACUUUACUCUGGCGUCGCAACUGUACCACGAGUCGCUUCUACCGGAGGAUCGGGAAAAAGAAGAGGAUUGGGAGAAGCAAUGUCAACCGCUGUCGGACUUUACGCUCACUUCGCAAGCGUACAGUGGGGCGAUGGUUCCCGAGGUACAAGACGACGACUGGAAACAAGACUUCCCGGUUCAAUCUUUAGCGGCCACGUCAACCCCCUUUGGCGUGAUGACGUCAGAGUGGCAGGGAGGAGACGAAGAUUGGGAACCAGAGUGCACUUCGAUAUUGGCCAUCGGGUCCUCACUGCCGACUGACGGCUACUACGGUGGAGCGGCGACGGAUGUGCCGACAAGUGAGGAGGAGGACUGGUAUCAAGGACGCCCUUGGGCGACUGAGUUUACGGCGACAGCGGAGAUGGUUGACGGGACAGCGACGUCUGUGGAGUUCACGGAAGAAGAAAAUUGGGAAACAGAAAUAGUACCCGGACAGCCAGGUUACGUGCCGCAGGUGUCAACCUUCUUCCAGCGUAUGCGUCACAGGUCCCACCGACAGAGGCGACGCCUCUACCGGGAGCAGGCGGCGCAGUACCGGCUGCAGGAGGAAGACCGCACGAAGACAGGCGGUGACGACGCAUCCAUGCAGGCCGGCGGACAUCGCCCUUCGGACGGUAGCGGUCCCUCCAGCGAGGGAUUGCCUCCACCGGGACCCCCCUGUGCAUCCCGUGCCUGUCGAGACGAGCUGCAGGGCCGUGGCAGCCAGGCGAACCCGGCUGCAGCGAACCGCAUGGAACGGCGCACCAUGGCCGAUGUCGUGCGGUCGCCGGCGCCCCCACCGGCCCAGUCGUCGUCGUCGUCGUCCCAGCCGCCGGCCACUGUCCAGGCGUCUUACCGAGCCGCGGCGGGUGAUCAAGCCGGUGUCCAGGUGGCGCCCGAAGACGGGACCUGGCAGGUGGCAACAUUCCUGCAGGCCGCGUGGACCGUAGUCGCCGGCAGCGAUGGCUGCCUCUUCUACGAGUCGAAGCGAAACACCGGAGGGCCACUGGCAUGAGGAGCGAGACGUGGUCAUCAGCAACCACCUCCAAAGCGCCCGGAGUGAUUGUUCUUUCUAGGGUUUUUUUUUCUUCAAACUUGUGUGUUCAAGAAGAGCUUUGCGGUACAUGAGUGCGAGGUCCAUUCCACCGGCCGACACUCUCGCGGAACAAUACUCAUGUAAUGAAUUCACUGUGCCUUGAUUCCUGGUGCUUCCUUUCUUGGUGAAGACUUAACCUUUGUAGUCAUUAAAAAAUUAUCCGGGCGGGUCAUUUGUCAGCGGUCGGUUCCCGAUUCCGCCUUGCAUUGCAAGUGCAACGCAGAACUUGUAAGACUCCUACAGCCUACUUACUAAUGGUGCGGAUGAUAACUGCCCGUGCUGCGAGCGUCACCGGGUGCUCAUUCAAUUCUCUACUGCCAAAAAAUCCAUGCUCUAAUUCUGUAACUGCGUGGCUUUCUUAGAAGAACGAAACUGCAUCUAGUCGUAUGUCCCGCCAUCGUCGAGAGACUUCGGCAGUUCCCAAGCGAAGAAUUUUGUCGAGGAAGCUUUGCCUGCCUUCAUCUGUUGCUUCCCCAGUGUGGCGACAAUAAGCAAGUUCAUGUUAUUUCUAUUUUCACCUAGCGCCUUCAGUUACCGCCUUUGCUUGCCGGUUUAGUUUGUUCUAUCGUGGCAGUGUGUUGCGGGUCAGACAUCUGGCAAUAUCUUCGCAUAUAUCCCUGGAACUCUUGAGUUCUUUCGGCUCCAAGCGUCCAUUGUACGCGUGUUGAAGCCUUAUGGCCUGACGCCCUGUGACGGUGCGCCAUGCGGCACGUUACUUUAGGGUCUGUUCGACACUGGUAAAUUUAUAUUAGGGAAUAUGGUGUUCCGAUCCGUUUUGAGGAAUAAGCUUGUCAGCAUUACGGUGUGAAGCGGCGUCAAGCGCUUCUGCAGCUCUUGGUAUACACGAUUGGCGGUUGUUACGAUGGCCUAAGUUCGCUACCAAUGCGCCUUCCUUUGUAAUUUAUGAUUACGAAAUCUCACUAGGUAAUCAAAAAAUGACCUUCGGUGCUCACAUUUGUGACGAGUUCUUAGAGCUUUCGUUCUAGCGCGUCUGCGUUUUGUAUUUUCUAAAGGAAUUGCUAAUAACAUCCUGCGUAUAUCAUAGAGGUUUGUUGGUUAAGUGAAUAGGGGUGAAAAAUUCCUAGAGACCUAGAGUUUCGUUGCAUCUAUUCAAGAUAUCAUGCGUAACGUAGCUUGGGCCCUUCGCUAAGUCUGUUCUAACUUUACUGGUGAUCCCCAAAACAUAGUACCUGCUCUAACAUUUGUCACCGCUCUACUGUUUGUCACCCGCGUUUACAAAUUUUUUUUCACAGUUCUAUUUGGCCUCUCGAGUGAUGAUGCCGAUAAUUGUUACUCUUCUGUGAUAACUGGCUGUGAUACGUAUCUCUGGAUUACCUGUGGUGCCUUCAUCGCGAAGAUAUGGAUUCUCUGUGAUACAUUUAUGGUGGGGUCGCUGCCACGUUGUAGAGGACACGUGAACGCUCUUUGUGCUGCUGAAAGCCGAGCGUUUCGUCGAACCGGCUAAGGCAUGGCUGUGCUGAAGGAACAGAUCGAGGUUGCUUAGGACUCGGCCACUGCCUCCACGGAAUAUGCACUACGGCGUUUUUAGCGUUGGUCUUUCGCCGUGGUUGUCUUGGGCUGCGGUGUAGUUUGGCUCUGCGCCUGAUGAGAGAUCACGUUGGACAGCGUCACAGAGCCGGCGAGGAAGAAUAGUGUGACGUAGGCUGUUUCUGUUGAAUGUGCUUGCGGUUUUGCGUUUCUGAAUAGGUAACGGGCAUGGACAGCGUGUUCGGGCCAUUGCUGUCGUGUGGGAAGUGACCUUCACGAUUGCGUUCAAGUGGGACGACGACAAGAAUAUAGUGUCGGUUGCCCCACCUAUUCCUUCCUUUUUUUUACACAUUUUGUUGAUUUUUUUUCGGCUGCCGGGUACAGUCGGGAGAAUGUUAGAUUUAUGCAGAAUUUUCGGACACAGAUUGUUGCUCUGAGAGAAUGCCUGGCAAUGUAAAGGGACUUGCUAGAUCUUGAAGACUUUACCGUUACUGGUGGCGUAUGUGUGCGUAUGUCUUGUUUCUUUCUUUUUGGCACGUAGGAGGAGUUGUGGGGUAUGGUUUUUGUGUGUUUUAAAUAAAAGGGUAGUGCAAUAAUUA